CUGAAUAUGUUGGAGGUGGGGAAUAUUGUCGUUGUAGAGUGUUGUGUCACGAGAUCGCGAAUGUCAAUUGGGUUUGGAAGAAAGCUUGCAAGGAGGGGCGCGACGUAGUCUCCAGUGAGACUCUUUUGACCAGUAUGUGAAUAACUCGUGCUAGUGAACACGCGCGCCUUUGGAUAUUACUUUUUGGGAUUACGGCAUGAUGCGGCUUCUAUUGAUGUGCAUCCUGGCGGGCGCCGCGUGCGCGCGGGAUGAGGGUUGGCAGCCCAUCGUGCCCGAGUCCUCCCUUACCUACACCGCCUACGUCAAGUCGCCGGAACGAUCUCUGGAUACCAGUUCGGCGUUAAAAAUAAUCAAUCGUAGGCCGCCAAGCCUUGCGUAUCCAAGCAAACUGUCCGGCGCCUACAGCGCGGGGCCUCAGGGAGAUUCCGACGCCUGCAGCGUCUACAAAGUAUCCAUGAACCAAGAACUGUUCUACCAGUACGUGGAAUAUGAGAAGGAUCUGCCAGAUCUAAAGGAGUUUACUUUGUGCAUGUGGGCAAAGUUCCAUAAUCAUUCUGAAGACCAUCCCUUGUUUUCUUAUUCAGUUGGAGAUAGCCCUAAAGAGAUUUCGGCUUGGAUUUCGAACACCGUCGAAGCUAGCUACUUCAGCAUGGCCGUUCACGGACAGACGUUCUUCAGGCUCAAUUAUCCUCUAAAACUUAACACGUGGUAUCAUUCUUGUCAAUCUUGGAAUGGAAAAACUGGUGAAUGGCAAAUUUGGGUGAACGCAGAGCGAGUGGGUAGGGGAUUCCACAACAGGUUGGUGGGUCACAUAAUAAAAGGAGGCGGCAUAGCUGUAACUGGGCAAGAACAGAGUCUUUUAUACAGCAAAGAUGGUCUCGAGCCCACUAUAAAGCAAUCUGGACUUAUGGGAGAAGUAACUAUGCUCCAACUGUAUCAUGUUGCCUUGACGGCUGGUAAAGCCCACAAAGACCACAAGCACCACCACGCUCAUCACUUCAAGCACGACGGCAGCCCGCUGGAGGCCUCCACGGAAGCGGUCACGGAGCCGCCGCCGCCAGAAGCUACUCCGCUGGGCAACGGCAACUUCCUCAUUGGUGGGCAGCUGCAACGCGCUCCCGACCUCAACCUUGCCGGACCCCAGCCGCAGCAACAGAUGAUUCCCGUUCAGCUGCCCAACGGUUUGCAACUUCACCAGGGAUAUAUCAAUGGACAACUGAGCAACAGAAUUGUCUCUGAACAGCUUCUCAACAGUGUUCAUCAAAUUCCAUCAGCGCAGCCUUCAUCCAACUCCAUACCUCGAUUUUCUUUAGUAGAUGUACCAGUGUCCUCCUCUAUUGGCCACAGCCAGAGAUUUUCACUAAGGCAGCCUUUGGGAUCAUCGAAGUCGUCAACAGUCAUGUUAUCUGGCUCGUUACUUAACCCAGCAAAUGUGCAAUACAUUGAUGAUACAUCGUCGCAUAGUUUGUACAAACGAGAUUCUAAGAAACGAGAUAAAAGGGAUAAUCCAGAGAAAGAAUUGGAGCAACCCGCUACAGGGAAAAAAGAAAAACGUGGGCUGGUCGCAUUGUCGGACGGGUCUAUUGUAGACGAUGCGCUGCUUAGUCCGAACAUAGCCGCCGAUGACGAUGACGCCAUGUUCCAGCAGUCGUUGCUGAGCGGACUAGCUGGCGUCGUUGGGAACCUCCCAGUUCAAAAUGUCCAAAAGGAGACGGUGGACGAGCGUGAGCCCGCGGAGGCCGAGGUGAAGGCGGUGAUGCAGGUGUGCAGCGGCUGCGCGGCUGAGCCCUUCAAGAAAGCGCUGGUACUCUCCUGGAGGUCCACGCCCAAGAAACUACACAGCGGUGCGCACUAUUACAAAGGUCUGCCUAUAUGCAAAGCCUUUUAAACAAAGUUCACAAGUACAUAAUCCUGACGAAGUAACAACAAUCAGUACCAAUUUACCUAAUACUGUACUGACCGCCAGACUGUAGGUACGGUACGACCCGCCAUAUGAAUAUUACUUAUAUUAUAAAGAUGCCUAAAUACAAUUAAUACAAUAAAAAUGGGGCAACCGAACAUGAUCAGUUUAAGUCGUUUCUGACUUAUCGCAAAAAGUAUUCCCUUCAAAAUAAAAAGACGUACCUACAAAGCGCUGUGAAGGCACCUACUUCCUUUUGUUGUUAUGUUACUAUUAAUGAUACUAGUACUAGUUAGUAGCACGUUCAAGGUCUAUUGUGGCGGACGGGUAACUCCGGAACCCUACACUGAGCAUGGUCUGACAUGCUCUUGGCCGGUUUUUUAAAGCUAUCUCUGCUGACGACAUUUUUGAUAGCUACACAUAAGUAUCAAUUUCAUUUGAAAUAGACACUUUCGCAAUUAUCUACCCAAUAUUUGCAGGAUUUCUACUAUAAAUGUACCUACCUAUUGUUACGUGCCCACACAAGAGCACGUAGCGUUUAACUUCUGUUUAUUUGAUUAAUGACCCCGACACUACAAUUCGAAAAAAUGCUACAAUAUUACAUUCAGAUGUUACUUCAGUCAAUCAAAACUUGCCAUUAGCAAGUCAUUUAAUUUAAUUUAUUUUAGUAAUAAGCGUUUAGAAAUAAGACAAGUACCUACUUUUAUGUAAUUAGUUUAAAACGUGUACUUACCUUGUUACUUACUAUUUUACAGUAAAUAAUGAUAUAAAAA